AAUCUGGACAGAUCUUAUAUUUUACCUACCUAAUGUAUUGGUGAUUUAGAGUAGGCUAAAUGUGAAUGUCUGAUGUCACAUUUCUAGUGUGCAAAAUGAUUAAUGAUAACAGCCUUAUAUUUUUUGUAUUUUACUAUGUAAAGUUAAUGUUUACACUUAAAUAAUGUUAUUUUAAAUAUCUUGAUGCAAUGAAUGGUGGUUGCGAAACAGUGUAAAGUUUUCUACGUUAUACAUAUUUUUAUAAAGAAUAGUUUCAAGAAUGGCAGAAUUUGUGCGUGGAGGCCCUAGUGUAUCGAAUAAUGCUAAGAUUGAACAUUCUAGCAAAGGAGGGUCUCCUAGUACUGGAAGUGAAGAUGGAGGCACUAACGAGCUAUUGAACGUCGAUAGUGAAUUUGAUCCUUUCCUUGAAAACAUACCAGAUGAUUUACAAGAUACAGAAGAGCCAGACAAUGCUAGUUCUACUCUUUUAACUGCACCACCCGAAAAUCAGUGGUAUCAUGGACGACUUGAUAGAUUUACAGCAGAAGAGAGGUUAUGGGAUGCCAAUAAGAUGGGUAGUUAUUUGGUCAGAGAAAGUGAUAGAAAACCUGGGAGUUAUGUUUUAUCCUAUCUCGGAAGAACUGGAAUUAAUCAUUUCAGAAUUACAGCCGUUUGUGGGGAUUAUUAUAUAGGAGGUCGACAAUUUAAUAGCUUAUCUGAUUUAGUAGCUUACUAUACUCAUUGCUCAGAUUUACUAAAGAGAGAGCGAUUAAUACACCCAAUACCUCCCCCUGAGCCUGUCAAUGACAAAAAACGGAUUGUUGCCAUUUUGCCAUAUACAAAAAUGCCCGAUACUGAUGAGCUCAGCUUUCAAAAAGGUGAUAUAUUUUUCGUACACAACGACAUGGGGGAUGGGUGGCUUUGGGUGACUGCUCAUAGAACUGGAGAACAAGGCUUAAUUUUUCGAGAGUUGGUUGAGGACUUAGAUGAUUCAAUUGAUCCCAACACGGUAUUUUCAUGGUUUCAUCCUAAUGUUACUAAAAGCGAAGCUGUUGACAUGUUGGUUAAAGCAGGACCCGGAAGUUUUUUAGUCAGACCAUCUGAUAACAGUCCUGGUGAUUAUUCACUAUUUUUUCACAUAAAUAAUCAAAUUCAACGAUUUAGAAUUGAAAAAAAAGGUGUUCGAUAUUUGAUGGGAGGAAGAACUUUUGAAUGUCUUGACGCCGUAAUAAACCGUUACAGGAAAGAACAAAUAGUUGAAGGACAUACAUUAGUUCAAGCAAUGGUAACUGAACCUGAUGGCAGUGUAAGAGUUAACAGAGACGUACAACAUGCCGAAAAGAUUUAUGCAACACUAAGAGAGUGUCGUGAACAAUCAGGAGCUAAGAAAAAUAAAGGCAUAAAAAUGCAAGGAUACUUAGAAAAGAAGUCGGAAAAAAAUAAAAAGUGGAAAGCACUAUAUUUUGUACUUUUAGUGGAUGCAACUGAUACACAUCUUUAUUUGUAUGAUAAUCCUAAACGAACGAAGCCAAAAGGACUUAUAGAUCUUAGCUGUGCUUAUCUAUAUCAGGUUCACGAUAGCGUAUUUGAUAGACCUCAUUGUUUUCAACUGGUUGAACGUGCUCUUCCUUGUUUAGCGACUAUUACAUAUUUAGCUGCACCUAAUUCUGAAAGUGCGCAAGAUUGGAUAAAUGCAUUGAAACCUCUCUGUGUAUCACAGUUAUCGCGUGCACCUAAAGUCGCACGUUUACGUGAAUUACGAUCACUUCAUCUGCAUAUUUUGGAUGCUCACAGACUUCCCUAUAAAUUAGUUCCAAAUCCAUUUAUCAUAGUGGCGCUCAACAACGUAAAAGUGGCACGUACAAAAGUUAAAACUUGCUUACAUCCAUUAUGGGACGAAGAAUUCUUAUUAGAAGAUGUACCUCCCGAUGUAAUGACAUUCUCAUUGACAUUGUAUAACAAGGGAAAGCGAAGUAAGGACACGGAAGUAGCAGAGGUGUCUGUAGAAUUAGCGAAUUUAUUAAAUGGAGAAGAAAUGGAUGAAUGGUAUCCUUUUUCUGGUAUAACUCCAAUCGGAGAGUGGGGAGCAUUACGAUUACGCAUACGGUACCGGCAUGAUUUAGCCAUGCCUCCUGAAGAGUACAGUCCUUUACAACAACUGUUGUUGGAUCCAGAAUUGCAUGUUGUCCGAGCAUUAGCGGAUGUUUGUCAUUCAGACAGAGUACCGUUAGCUAGUAGUCUUUUAAAAAUAUUCCGAUAUGAACGCAAAGAAGCGGAUUUACUCCGAUCAUUGAAUCAAGCUGAAGUUGAUAAAGAAGAUGAAACUCCCACUUUAUUCAGGGCUGCCAGUCUUACAACGACAUUGAUGGACCUUUAUAUGAAAUCAAUUUGCACAUCUUUCUUAAAAGCUGCCUUACGUGACACUAUCAUAAAAUUAAUUGAAAGUAAGCAAAGCUGUGAAUUAAAUCCGAAUAAAAUGGAUUCACCAGAAGAUGCUUGCAGCAAUGCUGAAUUUUUGUUACAAGUUUUAGAUGAAGUAACUUUAAGUAUUUUCACAAGCCCAGAUGCAUGCCCUAAAACGUUAAGGUACAUUUGCGGCUGUUUACAAAGAGCAGUUGUAGCUAAAUGGCCUCAUGAAAGACUUGUCAGAACACGAGUUGUUAGUGGAUUUAUAUUUUUACGUUUGCUAUGUCCAGCUAUUUUAAAUCCUAGAUCGUUUAAUCUGAUCUCUGAGUCACCACCACCUGCAGCUGCGAGAUCUUUAGUAAUGGUGGCUAAAUGUUUGCAAAAUUUAGCUAACUUAGUUGAAUUUGGUGGUAAGGAACCGUAUAUGGAAGUUGUUAAUCCUUUCAUUCUGAAAAAUAAAGAAAGAAUGGUUGUUUUUCUUGACCAGUUAUCCAGUGUUACCGAAAAACCAGAAUCGGAAGGUGUCGAAUAUCGAAACAAAAACAUUUCCGAUACUGCCAGAGACUUGGCAACAUUGCAUCAUAUAUGCGUUUCUCACCUACGUGAACUUCAAGUACUCUCCAAAACUCAGCCGACUAUAAAGCAGCUGGUAACUGUUACAGAAAUGUUGAGUAAGCAUAAACAAAAAUACAUGGAGAUGAUACGGUAGUGCUUUUUAUAGUAUCAAUUAUAAUUAUGCCAAAAACAAUGAAAUUUUUUAAAAAUAUAUGUAUUCUUAAUGUAGCAUAGUAUUUAAUGAUAUGAUAAAAAUGACAUUUUUAAUUGAUUAAACUCAA